AUAAGGUGUAUUGUAUGAAACCAAUUACUAAGUAAAAGAAGACAAAAAGCCUUAUUUAUUUAUUUUGUGAUUGCGUAACAUGCCCGUUUAAUAAUUGGGUUUUCAUUUAAAUAUGAAUUGUUCAAAUAUAAAUAUAGUUUUUAAUACAUGCGCAAAAAUAGAUCGCAGCUUGAGACAAAAGUUGUCAAGUAUUUGGUACAAAAGUUACGUUUUGGGCGAUAGGACUCGUUAUUUUCAUUCUUCUCGUACAAUAUGUCAAACCCAGAAAGACGAUGUUGAAGUCCUCUUGUCACCACAAGAAGUGACAGUAAUUCUUCGAAAAAAUGAAUUUAAUAAAGAUUUCUCGCAUGGGUCUGUUAAAUCAUAUGAUUCCAAUCAAUUGCAAUCAAAUGACCCUAUUGAAGAUACUCGAUGUGAAGCACAGUGCAAGAUGACACCAGGUUUAUUAAUGGGAGUAUUUGAUGGUCAUGGUGGUCCAGCAUGUGCCCAAGUGGUAUCUAAGCGGCUGUUCAAAUAUAUUGCUGCUGCUCUCCUCCCUCAAGAGUUAUUGGAAAACUACAUCAAACAAGAACCUAGAGAGCUAUUAAUCGAUACAUUUAAUGACAGAGCAGAAAUAGUACAAGACCUAAAGUUUAUCUAUGAUAAAAGUUUCAACGAAUACUUGAGUAAACUCUCGAAUACUGCCAAAGAUGAGAUUGAUGUCAAAGUAUGUUUGGAAAAAAGCAUUAUGCAUUUAGAUGAAGAUCUUUCGAGAGAAGUUGUAGAACCGUUUAAAGAAAAUGGUAACGUUAAUCAUAAAACACUAUCAGUUGCACUGUCAGGUGCAGUAGCAUGUGUGUCUUAUAUAGACGGACCGCAUUUGUACAUAGCAAAUGUUGGUGACUGUAAUGCUGUUGUAGGUACAAUGACUGAGGAUAAUGAAUGGGUAGCUAGAAAAAUAACAAAAGAACAUAACACAGAAAAUUUCGACGAAUUAAAAAGGAUAUGGAAUGAGCAUCCAGAUGAAGAACGCAAGACUGUGAUACGAAGGGAUAGACUCUUAGGAGAACUUGCACCAUUACGAAGUUUAGGAGAUUGUAGAUAUAAGUGGAAAGCUGAAAUUUUAUCCGAAGUGGCAGUACCUUUGAUUGGUCAAAAGGCUAUACCGGCAAAUUAUUACACUCCGCCAUAUCUUACAGCUAAACCCGAUGUCUAUUAUCAUCGACUAACACCAAAGGACAAAUUUUUAAUUAUUGCCUCUGAUGGUUUGUGGGAUAUGAUGACGCCGUUACAAUCAGUCAAACUAGUUGGAGAGCAUAUGAAAGGAAAGGUAUUUUUUAAUCCUCUUCAACUUCCGAAAAAGAAUAUUCAGCUUGGUGAUAUAAAUGAGCUACUGUUGCAUAGAAAAGAGAGUCUGAAAAGUAAACCAAAAGAUAGGAACGCGGCUACUCAUCUAAUUAGGCAUGCCAUAGGAGGUACUGAAUAUGGAAUAGACCAUUCAAGGUUGGCACAUUUAUUGAGUUUAUCAUCUGAUGUUAGUCGCAUGUUUAGAGAUGAUAUGACUGUCACCAUUGUUUAUUUUGACUCUGAAUUUCUGAGGCAGUGUCCGGCUUAAAUUUAUAUCCAAUAAUUUACAUUGAAUUGUGGAUGUUAUAUGUAACAAAACUUGAAUUGAAUUUUACUGUUCCUUAUUUUAUUCAGUAUGAGAUGAUUACAAUUUAAAUGUAAUUUAUUUAUUUGUUUCA